AUGAGGACAUUGGAGGCUCAGAGCCUGGGAGAGGCUGCAAACACGGUGUUCGAUUCGCUGGGUGGCGCCCGGAUCACUUUUUCUGCGUCUGGUGACCGGCAAGGCCAAAACUAUUGGGGAAUUCCUGUUAGUGCCAUGUUGGGGAUCUACAUGGAACAAAAUACGGUUUCGAAACUGCACCUCACUGGAAUCUCCCUGGAAGGCGAUGUGUACGCCAAUGCGGACAUCGAGGUGUUUGCUGUGAACAUCCUGGGGACAUUGAGACAGGAUAGCAGCAUUUUUGAAGCCUCGUUGCACAGCGACAAGUCUAGUCGUGCUGUGGUUUGUGAGGCCAAGGGUACUGGGGUGAAGCCUAUCUGUCACAAGAGUGGCAGGGCUACGAUGCUGCUUUCUAAGCGAUCCGUUGACUCGUCUACGGCAUAUCACGUCUGGAAGAUGUCGGCCAGGUGGUACUGGCGUGUGAACCAGUCGGUCAGCUUGUCAGCCGUGAAGGAGAAGAACGGUGUUGUGUUGGACUACAACUCUGUCUUGUUUAUGGGUGUGCGCCCGACUACGGAGACUACCCUCCAUUGUGCAAAGAGCGAGGGCGGUGGCAACACUGGAGCGGAUUCGACGAAAGGCUGCCUCGGCAUCAGCAGCAUAGUCGUCAGCCAAGGGAAAAGGAGGCCGUGGACAACAUAUGAAGACGCUCGAGAGUCGCUCAAGCCGUCCUUCGGGGGUCGUGCGCAUCUGCUGCUCUUCAUCGCAAUGUCUGCUGGCGACAUACGUUACAGCCUAGUUGACUCGGCAGAAUCGAUGUCCAAUCUACUCACUCACGUCUACCUCGUCGACAUCCACACCAUGCAGUCCACAGCAUUCUCGACCGCGGUCGGAGGAACAACCUUCAAACAGAUCCUUGAGUCUCCGGACAUCACCAAAGUCUUUUUCGACGUCCGCAAUGAUUCUGACGCCUUGUUUCAUCACUUCCAAGUGAAGCUGAGCGGCAUCGAAGACGUGCAGCUAAUGGAGAACGCAGCUCGCCCGCGCGGGCAACGGCGAUAUCUGAAUGGGUUGGAUAAGUGUAUCGGAUUGUACGCACCUUUGUCACCCGAGGAAAAGGCUGGCUGGAAAGCCGCCAAAGAAGCCGGGCUCAAUCUGUUCCAUCCUAGCAGAGGUGGAUCCUACGAAGUCUUCAACUCGCGACCGAUGUCUACACCCAUCGGAAUUUACUGCAUCAACGACGUGCGAUAUCUGCCCCACUUGAGGGAGGCAUUGUGGCGGCAGCUUGAUGAAGUCUGGCGGCAGAAAGUGGUGGAAGAGACAAAGAAACGUAUCUUGGAAUCGCAGAGCCCAUCUUACGAGCCGCAGUCGGAGACCAAAAAGUUUGGGCCAUGGGGUAGAGCUUGA